CUACAAUGCAAUUUGUGACAUCUGACAUGCUGAGAGUGAGCACCACGUGAAGAACCAGACGAAAAGGUGCAUUCAUGUUCCUCUGUUAAAAUCAGGAGUGGGCAUAAGAAUUCACAGAGAAAUACCUAUACCUCAUGUGACUCUGACCAACUGUGUUGCUCCUGCCGCUGCUGAUGAAUAUGUUGAUGGAGGGGGUUGCUUGUUCGUCUUCUUCUGCCCGUCUUGAUGUGAACUAGAGCUGGUGGUGAGACAGGAGGGGAAACACGCAGUCAGAGUGGUUGUCUUGUGCUUUCAGAGCCAGGGCACUUUCACGGAUUUCAUCACGAUGGCUUGGAGAGGAGGGAGAACACGGCCGUUUUAUCGACACAUUCCUUAUUUAAACUAAAGACGGGUGUUGUUUCAGACCCGAGGACUGAGAAGAGAAAAAAAAAGGUGAUGAGCUGGAUGGUGCCAUGUGAAUAAUGAAGACCAUGAAGCCCACACACAAGGCGCUGUUCAUCCUGUGCCCCACGCUGGUCCUGGGCUUUAUUUACUACUCCUCCGGGAAGCUGCAUCUACACGUAUGGGGCCCGAAGCCUCAGAGUGAUGCAGAAGAGACAACUGUAGUCCUGACUAAAGGGGCAGAAGUGAAAAGAAUUCCAGAGUUGGAAACGGAAAUCACCGGGGGACGAAUAGUAGGCUCAGUGUAUGAUAAGCAGGGCUUUCUGCUGCAGCUGGACACAAAACUGCCACAGGAGUUGGCGUACAAGUAUGGCAACCUCAGCGAAGGAGCGUGCAAGCCAGGAUACGCAGCAGCCAAGAUGACCACCAUCUAUCCUAAGUUCAUGAAACCAGCACCCAUGUUUCUUGAUCGAAACUUCAAACUUCUUGCAAAAGUCAGCAAUUACUUACCUCCAUUUGGAUUCAAAACACAAGAGAAAGUCAUAGACAGCAUUCUCACUGCCACAAAAUAUUAUGGACUCGGGGAGCAUCUGGACAGUCUCAGCUGUAAAAGAUGCAUCAUUGUGGGCAACGGGGGAAUCCUGUUCAACAAGUCUCUGGGCUCCCGUAUAGAUGAAUACGAUGUCGUAGUGAGGUUGAAUGAAGCCCCGGUAAAAGGUUACCGCAAAGACGUGGGGACCAAAACCACCAUUAGGAUUACCUAUCCAGAGGGAGCGAUCCAGAAGAGCGACAACUAUGAAAAAGACUCCCUUUUUGUUUUUUCCGCUUUCAAACCACUGGAUUUCAAGUGGCUCAGACAGAUGGUCUUCAAGGAGAAACUGAAGGGGACAGAGGGUUUCUGGAAGUCGGUGGCUCACUAUGUGCCUCGGGAGCCCACAGAGAUGAGAAUCCUUAACCCCUACUUCAUCCAGGAGGCUGCCUUCCAGUUCAUUGGCCUGCCCUUAAACAACGGCCUCAUGGGCAAAGGGAACAUUCCAACUUUGGGAACAGUUGCUAUAACGAUGGCGCUGCAUAACUGCGACGAGGUUGCGGUGGCUGGUUUCGGCUACGAUAUGAACACGCCCCACGCGCCUCUGCACUAUUAUGAGACCGUCAAGAUGUCUGCCAUUAAAGAGUCAUGGACACACAACAUAUCCAAGGAGAAGGAGUUCCUGCGCAAGCUGGUGAAGGCCAACAUCAUCACAGACAUGACCAACGGUAUCUGAGUUUACAGUCUCCCCUCGCCUUCCCCAAAGGACUAUGAAACAGGAAACUGAGCAAUGGAUCGAACCCUUUAGAAUCCGGAUGGCCUGUCUUUUUCAUAUCAAAGGAGAUUAUUUAACAGGAAAAAAAAAAUACAGAUACAGGAGGUUUUCUGUGGAGAGAUGUGCCUUCUGAACCAAAGACUCCUGCUGAUUGAAGCAGGGAGCGGGGGGGUGGACACGGAGGACUGGUCCUGCCUGUCGUAUCGAAGGACAGCGGCAGCAAGGCUCUGUGGCCCGGCGCCCUAAACGUUUACCACUUCAUCCCCUGGAGUAUCACAUGAGUGAAUAAUAAAGAGAAGUUUGACAGAUGUCGGGAUCCAGCUCACUGGCUGACAUGUUGAAGGGACAGAAGAGAAAGGAAAGAGGAGAGCGUUGGGGGGGGUGGGUCGAUUAUUAGCAGUGCCAAACGUACCUCGUUCGGGGGAGAGGCCGUCCUCCUUUUGCUGCCUGAAUGUAUUCACUUUCCUCAGUGUAAAUAUCAAAGAUUUUUACUGUGCUUUUUAACAAGCUGGAGCAGCAUCCCCCCCCCCCAAUUGCCAUUUGUCCAUUCAUUCACUUUUUUACUGCCUGUCUAGGGUCCAAAAUGAACACUUGCCAAACCAGUUGACAGUAGAUAAAUCAGCGGGGGUCACCUGCCACACAGACUGCUGUCACUUCGAGUCGCUAACAGUCGAGUGGGUUACAUUUGUUCUCAGUUUUCUCUGUAAAGUCUUUGUAAGGGAAUAAUAUCAGAGGCUGUGUAAAUGAGUUCUUUCUGCGACACAGAGCGGCUGUGUGAGUUAUCCCCGUGUGGCUCUCACAUUAGGUCCCCAGAAAUAUGAAGCUGAAUGAGAUUCUCUACACAGGGGAAAUGUAUAUGAACUAAAUUAUUUUUAUUUUGGGAUAUUUAAUUUAGACGCUCCGCCAAAGUUAAAUUCAGACAUCUUCCUCUCUCAAGUCUCUUUGUAAAUCCCUCUUCCUCUCUCCCCGGCCAUGUCACAGUACUGCCUUCAUCUCUUCAUCAGCUGUAGAGCCUCCGGGCCGCAGCGCAGCCGCACAGCAGCGUGUCCCGCCGCGGUCAGGGAGAACACGUCCUGUAUCCCUCCUCCAACUUCCCGUUGCUGCACAUUUUCUUGUUCUUGGGUUAAUGGUGAAAUCUCGGAUUGUAGAAUGUAAAUAUAUAUUUUUUUGUUUUUCAGUCAAUAUUAAUUAUUUAUUUUGUAUUGUUGCGAAGUCUCAACUUCUUUCGGUCACAGACAGGGCUGCUUUCUGUUGUUGUUGUUGGAAGAAAAACAACAACAUUUAGAAUUUUCUUUUCACCACCGUGUUUCCACAGACGGCAUCAUCUUUUAAGUUUGUGGCAGAAGCAGUGUUGUGCGCUAACAUUUAUUACUGAAACGAUUUGGCUAGACAGCUAACCUUUAUGACCGUGUUCUAGUUAACUGGAAACAUAGAAGCCCCUUUCUUUAAAUCGAGGGAAUCUGGGUUGAUAAUUUCCACGCUCAAUCUCCAAUGAGCACGAUAGACGUGCUGAAGGUCUUUGCACUUUGCAGAUGAAGGUACCACACUCAUUUUAGUAUUUCAACUCUGCAUGCACAUAGAAAAUGUUCAGUAUUACACAAUCAAUCAAUGUGGUAAUCAUCUUUACAGUGAUGGUGCAUUUGAAUACUGCUUCAUCAAAGCAGGGAUUUAAAUCAUCUAAAUGAGGUUUUCUGUUUCUACAUCUUGCAUAUUGACAGUACACACAGAUUCUCUUCCAUUCCUGUCAAUCUGCUGCAGUCUGUUUCAUUGUUCCAUACGUUCCUGUUCCCUUACACUCUCUCUCCGCUGGGCUGUGCAGCAGCGUGUGUGUAUGUCUGUGUGUGUGUGUGUCCCCGGUCCCUGUUGAGAGCGAAGGCACGGGGAACAGCUGACCAUUGCACUAUCACGAGGCGCUCUCAGUGCCUUACACCUCAUCUCCUGGAAACUAGCGAGGAGAGCCGCCGCAGCUGAUCCAGUGUCUGAGAUCAGCUCCGGGUUAGGACUGGUCAGUCUUCAUUUCUGUGAUUUGGGACCAGUCCAUUUCAUAUCUGUGCUGUAUGUACAUUAUAUACAGUGUGGGAAGACCUGCAGCUCCGUACUUGUUGUUUAGUGUGUUUUAGCCCAACUAAAUAUUCCAGUUUCUGAUUACGGCAGCUUUCAUGAUGCGAGAAAUGACUAAACCAGCUUCCUCUGUGGUUCCUUAUUCCUGAUUUUAGGCAGCAUACAUUAUAGGGGCACUACACCAAUGUACCAGCCUGUAGGAAUCUGUAAUGUCUGUAAGGUCUGAGGAAAUGUAGCAUAUUUUGUUUGUUUGGAGUUUAACUCAUAUUGGGGAUUUAAAGUCUGGAUAUUUUACUCUCUGCUGCUACGAUUUUGAUUCAAUUCCUUUUUUAAAUCGGUCUGUUGAGAGUGCAAUGCCAGAUCACGGGAGAACCUCUUGAAUUCUUGAACGUGAACACAUAGUCUCUGCCGACUGCCCCAGGACCGUAUCGCUAUAAUGUGACUUGACAAAGAAAAAAGGAGACUGUCAUAGAAUAUGUCCAGCACACAGGUCAGAUGUAUAGUGUACUGAAAUGAUUUGAAACAAGUGGCUCCUUUGAAGGCAGAGAAAUCCAUCUGAAAUAUCAUCGUGUCUUUUGGAAAAGGUCAUUAAUAAAGCAUGUGAAGUCAGUGGGCUAAAACACACCAAACCACCAGUACGGUCUUUAACGCUCUGAGACUAAGCAGACCCUCAGUUGGAGUUUCUUCUUCUGUUUCUUCUUCUAGGUUAUGAAUUUGUACGCAUGCUGGAGGAGUUCAAAUGAGUUGGACCCAAAUCGCCUCAUCUUCAUAACCUGUUCAUGUUAAAGCAGAAUGUAUUCGCUUUGAUCAUCGAUCAUAUCUCAAAAGAUUUUCUUUUUUUCAUUCCUCCAUGAUCAGAAGGAAGUCAAAGUGUUACCGUUUUUUUAUACAGUUAUAAAUGGCUCUGCAACCUAAAUAAAUAUGUUUGUAAUGGAUA